CAUUGUGAAAUCUUUGCCUCGUGGUCUCUUGAGUAGUUGGCAAUUAACCUUUAACCUCAAUUCAUCUCUCCUUCUCUGCACUGCUUCUUUGUCUAGUAGAAGCAUUUUGAAGUGAGAAAUCUUAACAUAGAGAAAGAGUAAACGGGAACAAGGGAAUGAAUGUUGAUACAAAUCUUGAACCAGAUUACUCUGAGUAUGUUGAAGUUGAUCCUACUGGAAGAUAUGGAAGGUACAAUGAAAUUCUUGGCAAAGGUGCCUCCAAGACAGUUUAUAAGGCUUUUGAUGAGUAUCAAGGCAUUGAGGUAGCAUGGAAUCAGGUGAAGCUUCAUGAUUUCCUGCAAAGUCCUGAGAAUCUUGAGAGGCUGCAGUGUGAAAUUCACUUACUCAAAACCCUGAAACAUGAAAACAUAAUGAAGUUCUAUACUUCCUGGGUUGAUAUUGCUAACAGGAACAUCAACUUUGUCACUGAAAUGUUCACCUCUGGUACUCUCAGACAGUAUAGGCUAAAACAUAAGACAGUGAACAUUAGAGCUGUGAAGCAUUGGUGUAGACAGAUUUUGAAGGGGCUUCUUUAUCUCCAUAGUCGAGACCCCCCAGUUAUUCAUAGAGAUCUUAAGUGUGAUAACAUUUUUGUUAAUGGAAACCAAGGAGAGGUCAAGAUUGGUGAUCUAGGGCUUGCUGCAAUUCUCCGUAAAUCACAUGCUGCCACUUGUGUUGGAACCCCGGAGUUCAUGGCUCCAGAAGUAUAUGAAGAGGAAUACAAUGAACUGGUUGACAUAUAUUCUUUUGGCAUGUGCAUCUUGGAAAUGGUUACCUUUGAAUAUCCAUACAGUGAAUGCACUCAUCCUGCUCAGAUCUACAAGAAAGUUAUUACUGGGAAAAAACCUGAAGCCCUAUACAGGGUAAAGGAUCCUGAAGUUCAGGAAUUCAUUGAGAAAUGCUUAGUAACUGUGUCUCUUAGGCUUUCUGCCAAGGAGCUUUUGAAGGACCCUUUUCUCCAAAUAGAUGAUUAUGGUAUUGAUUGGAGGGAACUAGAGUUUCAAAGUGGCUACAGUGAUGCAACACCUCUUAUAAGGCAGCCUGUUUAUGAUUUUCAUCAUAGCAACAGUAGCUCUUUGAUCAAUGGUUAUACUAAUUAUCCUGGUUAUGAUCUUGAGAAUGAGACAGAUUGCCAUGAACUAGACCUCUUCAGCAUUCAAGAUGAUGAGCAUUUGGGAGAUAUUGACAUCGAGAUUGAGGGCAGGAAGAGAGAAGAUGAUGGCAUCUUUCUCCGCCUCAGAAUUGCUGAUAAAGAAGGACGAAUUCGUAAUAUCUACUUUCCUUUUGACAUUGAGACUGAUUCAGCAUUGAGUGUUGCAACUGAAAUGGUUUCUGAGCUUGAUAUUACUGACCAAGAAGUGACCACUAUAGCUGAUAUGAUUGAUGGUGAAAUUGCUACCUUGGUUCCGGAGUGGAAGAGGGAACUUGGAUUGGAUGAAAAUUCACAUUGGUGUAGUGCAAGUUUCUGCCAGCAUUGUGCAGCAAAUGGCUAUUUAUCUGAUUAUGUAUCAUCUGCAAAUGCGGGUGCCACAAAUCUGCAAGUUCUUCAGUGCUCAAAUCAGGGAUGUGCCACUGUCCAUGGCCGCUUUGAAGAGAUUACAUACCAAGUGGAAGAAUCAGAAGAAUGUGCUACAGAAGGCACAGAAGCUGCAUUAAGCCACUCUUAUAGCAUUCAUUAUACUGACAUAUGGGCACAACGGGAAGGUCCAGAAAUAAGCUCAAGGGAUAGCCAUUGUGAUGAUCAGGUGCAUAAGACAUCACUUAAAUCAGUCUGUGGAGAAGAGGAGAGAAUCAUUAACAUGGACAGUCGAAGCAAAUCCAAGGCAAGAAGAUCUUUCUCUGUCAGCCAUGUCCCAGAUCUUGAUUUCUCUGAUGACUACGAGAAUGAAAUCAGGCAAGAAGUAAGGUGGCUAAAAACGAAGUAUCAAACGCAGCUGAAGGAGCUCAGACACCAACAAUUGGUAGUGGAAUCCAAAUCUUCAAGCUUGACGCUUAGUAGUUCCAGUGACUUGGAAAACAGCAAUGGCAAUAACAAAGCCACACUAUCUUCAAAUUUGCCACACUCAAAGGGAGAGACCAAAAGAAAUGUCUUAAUAUCAUUACCAUCAGGAAACAAGUUAUGAGGUGCCUGUUUUCCUCCUGACGUUGAGAAGAGAAUUCCAAAAUUCUGAAGCAACUAAUGGGUAAGUUCUGGUUGUAGCCAUCAGGCAACGGCUACUGCUAAGAGUUCCUACUCAGGAACAUUGCUUUUGCAUCCUCUUCCCAUGGCAUCUUCACUUUCAGUUUCACAGCAGUAGCAAUAACAUUAGGGCUGCAGUUGCUAGACUGUAUAUUUUAUAAUUAUUUAUAAAGAAAAAUAGUUCUAAUGUUAAAAAUUUUAUGGGAUGUAGACUCCAUCUGUCCAUCACUUUUCUGAAAUCAUUAAAUCCCUGAGUUCUGAGUCCAAAACAAUAGGAAGAUGGUCCAAGAUGUUUAUGGUUUUAGCCUUUUUGGUAGGUGAGGGGUAGACAUCACAAACGUAACUGCUGCGCCAUGUGAUUGUCAAAAGUUGCCAGCUUGGUUUGAUACGUAGAGAUAUUAUCCGUACAAAAGUAUUGCCAUCCGUGAUCCAUCCCAUCCAUGUAAUAAUUUUGGCAGCUGCAAGGAAUCUGGCUUUCUGGUUAAUGAAGAUUAUGAGCUCCA